AAUACAUUCUUCUACGACAUAUACGCCAACAAAAUCAUGGUCCCGCGAACCACUCAAAGGCCAACCCUUAGCCAGGCUUUAGAUAAGGAGAUAUAUCAGAUAGUUCGGAAGCUCGCCGAUGACCAGCAUUACGCUUCGGCGAAUAAGCUAACAGUCUCGACUGUUUACGAUUGGAUCAAGCAUUCAAACUCAAGUCUGAAGCGGCGGCCCAAGAAGUUACUUGAGAGCUGUAUCGAGCGUGUUCUUGACGUUCUUAAGAGUGAAGAGCUAGACGAUGCUGAUUCCUUAGAGGGCGAUUUCGAAGGUAUCGACGAUUCAGUACCGCCUCCAGUAAAGGACCACAAUAUUAUGAAUAGAAGCAUUGUCAGAAUGUGGGCAAACCCGACUUCAGCAAUCACCCCAAGAGAAAACAGUCCAAUGGAAUCAACCCCGACUGACCCAGUCCCAUCGAUGCCAAAUAGCGAAAUUAUGAAUUCCCCAGCCAAAGCAGACCGAAGCGCAACUGGAGAGCCUAAACCAAAACGUCGGAAGGGUGACCGAGGGCCAGUGAAGGAACUCGAUCGGAAACCACCAACCGGUGUUGCUUUGGAAGACCUUGGCGGCGUAGAUGAUGUUAUUCUAGCCUUGAAUGAAGCUGUUGCUAUGCCUAUGUAAGAGAUAUCCUUGUAGAAAGUUCCCUUUUCGGACAAGUGUCUACUCGAAAGAUUUCCUCCCCCCGGAAAGAUUGUUCCAUCCCCCAAAAUCACCACAUGAGGCAAGACUGACUCUGAGAUCUUGAUUGUAGGUGUUAUCCAAAAUUAUACCUACGAAGGGGUAUAGACCCUCCUCGAGGAGUGUUGCUUCAUGGUCCUCCUGGUUGUGGGAAGACUAUGA